UACUCAAUUUUAUUUGUAAACAUAAAAAACACGCUUCGGAGAGAGCAUUCCUGCUGGGCAAAUUAACAAUGCUUGGUGCUUACAAACUUAUAAAAAGGGCACACAAACUAUUUUCUUUUUAUUGACAAAAAAACGUGAUUCAAAUGUCAUCGAAUGAAGAAAAGCAAAAACCUGAUAUUUCCGCAACGGUGCACGAUGGAUGUUCGACAUGCAGAAUGCAACGACGUGAUAUGUUCAGAUGUAUUCGUUGGCAUUUAUGGUUCUCUGCCAUGUAUCGUCUACCACUAGAGCGCUAUUUUCCUGCUCGUCUGCGGUUUCUCGCCGUUACUUUGGAUUGGACUUAUGAACUGUUCUUAUAUUCCACAUUGCUACAUAUCGACAUACUCUUUAUCUGUACCAUAUAUUUGAAUCAGGAUAAAGGUGAUCUGGAACUGCUGGUGAAUUGUAUUAUCCAGACGGUCAUCUAUACGUGGGCAAUAGUCGCAAAGGUCUUCUUUAAACGCAUCCAACCCAAACGUGUAAAAGAGCUAAUGCGCUAUUUGAACGAGGAAUGUCGAACGCGGUCAGCUGCUGGAUUCACUUAUGUUACAUUUAAGGAGAGCGUCGAUAUGUCGAACAUGUGGACCACGGUAUUUCUGAUUUGCUGUUAUGCUGGCGUUACUUUCUGGCUUUUCGUACCCAUCUUUAAUCAGGAUCGCAGCUUGCCACUGGCCUGCUGGUAUCCCAUCGAUUUUAAGGUACCCAUAGUUUAUGAGUUCAUUUACUUUCUACAAACUGUGGGUCAGCUUCAAAUUGCUGCUGCCUUUGGCUGUACGAGUGCUUUCUAUGUGCUAAUAGCGGUGAUCUUCUCUGGCCAAUUCGAUAUACUUAACUGCAGUCUGAAGAAUAUUUUGGCUACCACAUAUAUAAUUCUAAGAAAACCGAAAUCGGAACUCAUUUUACUGAGAGAAGAACAAAGCAUCGCCGACUACGAGCUUAAUCAAUAUUACAUCGCUAAGGAAUACAGCAACGACUGCGACUGCAUACCACAUUUUUUCGACAAGGAAACACCGAAACCGGAAAAUUUCUACGAAGGUUUCAAAAUCGCCCUUAGACCUUGCAUUGCUCAUCAUCGUUAUAUAUUGUACGGCCUUAAAAUGUUGGAGGACCUCUACAGUAAUCUGUCGUUUCUCAAAUAUCUUGAAGUGACACUGCUCGUUUGCCUAGUCGCAUUUGUUUGGGUUAAGUCCACAGCCGCCAACUCGUUCCUGCGUCUGCUCUCGCUUAGUCAGUAUUUGCUCUUGGCGCUCUGGGAAAUGUUUAUGAUCUGUUAUAUGGGGGAAAUUAUAUUUUUGUGUAGCAAACGUUGUGAUGAAGCCAUUCAACGUAGCCCCUGGCACUUGCAUUCUGGUGAAAUAAAACAGGAUACUUUAUUCUUUAUACUCAACGCCCAGCGUCCUUUCCGCUUGACCGGUGGCAAGAUGUACAACUUAAAUUUGAAAAUGUUUCGCACAAUUUUAACCACAUCGUUCUCGAUUUUAACCAUAUUGCAAAAUAUGGAUCUGAGACAACCGCAGCCAAAAUAAUUUUUAAGUUUCCAUUAUGGGAACAUUUUUAAAUAAAUGAAUGAAUUAGAAUAUUUUAAAAUGUUCGUUUUAUCGUAUAAUUGUUCCUGCAUAACUGCUUUCUUUGACGCUAUAACCAACGAAACGAAAGCUUCUUAGAAGUUUGCUAGUAUAGCCAGAAAAUAGAGCCAAGCGCGAAUAUUUAGACGAUCCGGCAACAAGGGUUAAGCGAGCCAGAUGGUUAAUCUCAGUCAUAUCAACAUUCGCCUUUAUAAUUCAAUGAUGAUGAUACAUCAAUUAAAUAGGUCUUACAACUUCCAAUUUUGGUAGUAGCAUCUGUUUUUUACUUCAAAAUGGCUCUUUGCUGGAACAUUCUCUCAUUUCUUUCUUGAGAGUAAAUCAUUUGUGGCCUUAGCAAACGGUGCAUAUGGAAGCAAUACGAAGGCCAAUUCUUUCAGUGACAUUUUCCAACUGAUCUUUGAUGUUUUUAGUAUGUCACUUUUCUUGACUGACCCUAUUUUUGGGGCAUAAAAACCAGGAUGUUGGAUUUUUAGUUAUUCUAGUAGGAAACCUCCUCUUUAAGCUUUGGUCCAUUGGAUCGUUUCGUAAUUGCAACAACCAACAUCGCAAUUCUUGCAAAAGUCCUAUAAAAGAACGCUUUCUGAAGCGCUAAAAAAUAGUAAGUGACUUGAAGGGUCUGGAUUUCGUGAAAUGAUUCCAAAAAGUGCCGAAAUAUUGAGAACACCGAGAGUUGUGCCAACUCGUAUGAUUGCAUAUAGAACGAGAAACGUUGCUAAUUUGGAUGGCCAAACUAUACCACGAUUUCACAUAUUAUAUUACACCCAUGUACAUA